AUGGCGGCGGCUCAGGUUAUCUCCAACUCUGGCCAUGAGGAUAUGAUUCACGAUGCCGGCCUGGACUACUACGGCCGCAGAUUGGCGACAUGCUCGUCGGACAAGACGAUAAAGGUUUUCGAAAUCGAGGGAGAGGCACAUCGCUUGGUAGAGACCUUGAAAGGACAUGAGGGUGCCGUCUGGUGCGUGGCCUGGGCCCACCCCAAGUUUGGAACGAUCCUCGCCUCCUCCUCGUACGAUGGAAAGGUGCUCAUCUGGCGCGAACAACACCAAAACACGACGUCGCCUGCCGCCGGUAGUGCCUGGACCAAGGUUUUCGAUUUCUCCCUUCACACUGCCUCCGUGAACAUGGUCUCUUGGGCGCCGCACGAGAGCGGGUGCCUCCUUGGCUGUGCUUCUUCCGACGGCCAUGUCAGCGUCCUCGAGUUCCAAGACAACAGCUGGACCCAUCAGAUCUUCCAUGCUCAUGGAAUGGGAGUCAACUCCAUUAGCUGGGCUCCCGCAGCUGCCCCCGGUAGCUUGAUCAGCGCCAACCCUGGGCCUGGCCAGCAGCGCCGAUUUGUCACUGGCGGUAGUGACAACUUGCUCAAGAUCUGGGAUUACAACCCCGAAACCAAGACCUACAAUCUUUCGCAGACCCUCGAGGGUCACUCCGACUGGGUUCGCGAUGUCGCUUGGUCGCCGAGCAUCCUGUCCAAGUCUUACAUCGCGUCUGCCUCGCAAGAUAAGACGGUCCGGAUCUGGACCUCCGAUGCGUCGAACCCGGGCCAGUGGACUAGCCAGCAACUCGAGUUUGAUUCCGUCCUGUGGAGGGUCAGCUGGAGCCCCAGCGGAAACAUCCUCGCUGUCAGUGGCGGUGACAACAAGGUGAGCUUGUGGAAGGAGAACCUCAAGGGACAAUGGGAGAAGGUAAAGGACAUUGAGGAGUAG